AUGUUGGACACAAACUUCUCCAUAAUAGACUAUUUGGUGUUUAGUUCACUAUUGAUCGCCUCAUCGCUAAUCGGUGUCUACUUUUGGUUCAAAUCCCGCAAAAAUGGCACAAAUGAUGAGUUUUUGACGGGAAAUAGACGGCUCAGUCUAUUCCCGACCACCCUUUCCCUGAUCGCCAGUUUUAUGUCCACAAACACACUGCUGGGCCUCCCGGCGGAGGUGUAUCAGGUGGGCACACAGAUCUCCAUGCAAAUCAUCUCGAUGGUCAUCACCAUUGUGUUGACUGCCGAGGUUUUUAUGCCCGUCUACUAUGACUUGGGUUUUGUCAGCGUAAAUGAGGGCUUGGUCGAACUGGGUGGUUUUGGCCGCAUAUGGGAAAUCAACGAGAUGGGAGGCCGGCUUAAAUUUUUCAACAUGCAGUUUGAUAUAUACAACCACAACAACCUAUUCAAUGUAGUAUUGGGCACAACCCUAAUCUGGUGCAGCUCUUACUGUGUGUCCCAAACUCAGGUCCAGCGGUACUGUAAUAUGGGUUCAAAAAGAAACGCCAAAUUGUCGCUUUACACAAAUCUACCAGGACUGAUAAUAUUGUGUUUGAUGGCCACAUUUUCGGGCAUGAUCAUAUACGCCAAAUAUCAUGCGUGCGAUCCGGUCACUUUGGGCCUGAUAAAUCGCCAUGAUCAAUUGAUGCCGUACUACGUAAUGGAUACGCUAUCGAAAUAUCCGGGUGUACCAGGGUUAUUUGUCGCCUGUGUGUUUAGUGGUUCACUCAGUACCCUUUCAUCGGGGUUUAAUUCACUGGCGGCCAUAACGUGGGAAGAUUUGUUAAAAGAUAGAAUCAAGGUGAAAUCCGAAGCCCAAGCGCUUAACAUUACAAAGUUUAUUGCCAUGUCAUAUGGACUGUUGUCUAUAGGCUUUUCAUUUGUUGUGGGCAAUGCGGGCACUGUUAUGCAGGCCUCUAUGGCGCUCACCGGUGCUAUGAGGAUCAUUACUUGGAUUUAUAUGCGGUUUCGGUGUGUCGGCAAUACUAGCGAUCGGAUCGCUGGUAAUCCCGCGGCCAAAGGUCUCAUUGACCACAACUAUCGACAGCUGUCCUCAAGUGGUAUUAAUGGAUGUAUUGAACCGAUUCUCAGCCCUUCCCACCUCUUCAUACUUACCCUCAUAUGAUAACGUUGAAGGUUACGCCCGAUUCUUUCACAUAUCAUACCUAUUGGUAUCGCCCAUUGGUUUUACCAUUUGUGUAGUGGUCGGAGUGGUCGCCAGUUUAUGUAUUGGUUUGACUAAACAAACUGAU